AUGCCCCUGGUGCUACAUAUCAGAUGCCAAGGGUUUUACUUUGACUCAGGGUCACUUUCUUCUGUCGUAGCCGGUUCCAACUCUGUCAAAAUCGCCAACGCUUCCAACAAUCUCGACAAGGCUUAUCUCGUUUCCUGGACUAAUUCCAGGAGUCCCAAUUUGGCUCAAACAGUUAAGAAGAUUACCGAAGGGGCCGGUGAUUACCAGGUCCUACUCGAUACUGGCGCCCAAGCUCUACUUUCUGGUUGCGGAGUUUUCUCGCGCCUACUUGAAGAAGGCGAGAUCGGCAUAACCAAGCAUAGCCUAGCUACUGGUUUUGGCUGUGAUUCUUCUCGUGAGCAGGCUGCCACUACUAUCCCGGCCAAGCAGAUUCCUCUCGGGUUUGCAGGCAGCUUCGGCAACAUCUUCAACAGUAUCUUGUUAUCUUUAAGUAACUAUCUGUGA